AUGGACACAUGUGACUGGAGAACACAGUUUCCUUCUGAUUCACGCUCGAACAUCAUCAACAAGAUAUUGGAAACACUAAAGAGGCACCUUCCAUUUUCUGGACCUGAGGGACUUAAUGAGCUCAGAAGAAUUGCUACUAGAUUCGAGGAUAAAAUUUACACCACUGCUGUUAACCAGACUGAUUACCUUCGGAAAAUAUCCGUGAAGAUGUUGACUAUGGAGACCAAGUCUCAAGCUUCAGCUGGUUAUUCGACAUUUCUCCCUGCUGCUAAUUAUGCUACACCCUUGUAUCAGUCAGGCUAUCAUAUGGUCAAUGACAAUUCAAGGACUUCUCUUCCAAAAAGAGAACCUGAUUUGAACAUAGAUGACUGGAGAACUCAACUGCCACCGGAUUCACGCCAAAAGAAUGUCAACAAGAUAAGGGAUUCACUAAACAAACAUGUUCCCAUUUCUGGACAAGAAGGAAUUAACGAGCUCCUGAGAAUUGCUGCCAGCUUCGAGGAAUUAAUUUUCAACGCUGCUAGAAACAAGAUGGAUUACUUUCGCAAAGUAUCCUUCAAGAUGCAGACUAUGGAAGAGGGCGACUAA